AGGAUGAUGAGAACAGAAGAGAAGAAAACGACGAGCUGUGAUCAUAGAAAGUCCGGAGAAAAAAGACCCACUGUUUAAAAGUGAGGAUUUAAAACAGAAAAAACUUAAUGAGUUCCCUUUUUGACUCAUGUUAAGCUGCUAGAGACGAGCCUUAAACGCUUCCUUUCUUAUUUAAAGAAAAACCUUUUAAAUGCAACGCUGUUUGAUAUAUGAGAAGACCAUGGCUGCCGAUACGAAGAGUUCACUGAGCAACAAUAAAGACCACAGCGGGAGGAAGCUGCUGGUCGCUGUGGAUCUAUUCUGCUUGUUUCUAGCCGGCCUGCCUUUCUUGGUCAUAGAGACCUGCGCUGUUCAGCCUUACCGCAGAGGGUUUUACUGCGAUGAUGAAUCCAUCAGGUACCCGGCCAAAAAAGGAGACACCAUUAGCGACGGUGUGCUCACCGCGGCAGGCAUUCUAAUCACCAUCCUCUCUAUCAUAGUUGGAGAAAGCUACAGGAUCUACUUUCUAAACGAGGGAUCCAAGUCUUUCGUUGGGAACCCCUAUAUAGCUGCCCUCUACAAGCAGGUCGGGGUGUUUAUCUUCGGCUGUGCCAUCAGCCAGUCCUUCACCGACAUCGCCAAAGUGUCGGUAGGCCGAAUGCGACCGCACUUCAUCGACGUAUGCAAGCCCGACUUCUCCACCAUCAACUGCUCCUUGGGCUACAUCACUGAGUACACAUGUCAUGGGCCAGAGAGCAAAGUUCAAGAGGCCAGGAAGUCAUUUUUCUCUGGUCAUGCGUCAUUCUCCAUGUACACCAUGCUCUACCUAGUGUUUUACCUGCAGGCACGGUUCACUUGGCAUGGCGCUCGCCUGCUGCGUCCGUUGACCCAGUUCACCCUCAUCAUGAUGUCCUUCUACACGGGCCUGUCUCGAGUGUCUGACCACAAGCACCACCCCACUGAUGUCCUGGCUGGGUUCAUUCAGGGCGCCCUUGUGGCCUACUGCGUUGUUUUCUUUGUGUCCGACUUGUUUAGACCCAAAGGAAGACGCUCUGCUUUGUCCCAAACGCCGGUGAAGAAAGAUCUCAUUCCUGCAGCAGACAUCAGGGAGCGGGGCAACCCUCUUAUCAUGGCGUGAAAGAAAGCCUGCCAAACUGACUGCAAACAAUCCAUGAGCAGAGCUGUGCCUUUAUGUUUUUUCUACAGCCACUAGUUCUUACUGGAUAAAAAAUCAACACUGUGGAAACUGCAGUAGAGAACCAGAGGAAAGAGUUAAGCAAGUUCUACUUUCUGAAAGGACAUUUUUAAUCUUUUUCCUUAACUUCACCAGGCAUGUGAAUGUGUGGAAAGGAGAGAUGACCUUUUUUUUUGUAACCAAAGGAGUGUUUGACCUUCUCUCCUAUUGUGAAAAUUGCUGCACGUUCACCAUUGUUGAGACUUUUUUGCUAAACAAAAGUCGGAAAUCAAACAAAACGUAUAAAUGGCAGCUGCUUACAAAGCUGUAUGCGGCUUUAGUGCAUUUCAUCCCACAUUUAGCAUGGGAGCUUCAGUCAUAUUCCUGCUCCUCAGUGUGACUCAUUCUAGGACAAAAAAACCCAAAAA